AUGGUCCAGGCCUAUUCCCCGCAGCCAGGAUCACCAACCGGUCGCCUCGGGAGUGCUAGGGUAACGCAGAUUUCUGAAUCAUAUCGUCUCUCAAUUAUUUCAGAGGAAUUGGGUAUCAAGAAAGAAAAUACAGAAGAACAAAAGCAAAAAACAUACAACAGCCAGGAUUCGCAUGUGCCGGCGUGUGGCUUAAGUACGGCUGAGCGGACGGGAAGCCCUGUUCUCCACACCCUAUGGUCGUAUGUGCUAAUCAUGGACUCAUGGAGAAUCAACCAGGUAUCGAAAUCUAUUUUAGAAAUAAGUGCGAAAUGA